AUGCUGCAUUUCCUCAAGCUCGCCCCGACCAUUUCGGUCGCCCUACUCGUGCUGCAGCAGCAGAUGCAGCCGAGCGGCGGCGGUCGAGCCUUGGCCAGGCCGGUGCGUGGAGAAGCUGGCAGUGAGGCUUUUCCUGUCCUUGCUACGAGCCCUCGCUCGACCGGACCCGCGGCGGAUGCGGGCAGUUCCGCGAACGCUGACCCGCCCGCGGUGCUCAAAGCUCUCGACGCCAUGUCUGGGUCGAAGCCACAGACGGGUCAGAGUGCCACUCCCUACAUGGCCAUCAAUCACGGCGAAGGAGGCGUCAUCAAGCCAGGUCAAUCGUCCGACCACAGCCAGGGCGGCAAGAGCAGUGAUGCGGCCAAAGCGGCCAUGAAGACGUUGCAGCAGCCACGCACGCGCUUCUGUGCACAGGCGGCCAACACGAACCGCACCGUAGAUGCCAUCUCGCAGAACCUGGUGUCUGCCGAGCGCAAGCGGCUCGCCAAGAUCCGCAAGCAGCGUCAGGCCAAGUCGACAGGUCACAACGCCACCGAUGCACGCUCUCUGACCGAUGCAAAGUUGCUGGCGGAGCAGUCCAAGACGGUGGAUGUGGUUUGGCAUGUGAUCCACUCUGGCAGCUCCGGCAACUUGUCCGAUGCCAUGAUCGCCGACCAGAUCCAGACGCUCAACGAGGACUACAAGGCGUACGGGUUUGCCUUUGAGCUCAACACCACCAAUCGCGUGGAAAACGCCAGCUGGUACCGAAACAUCAUGCCCGACGGAUCGCUGCAGGACCAGAUGAAGGCCCAACUCAGAAAGGGAGAUGCAAAGACGCUCAACCUGUACAGCGUUGAUUUCAACAACGGCCUGCUGGGGUACAGCUCGUUCCCGUGGAACAUCGAGGAUCUGACCAACGAUGGCGUCGUGUUUCAGUACUCGACUGUUCCCGGCGGGAGUGAGACGGGGUACAAUUUGGGAAAGACCGCCACGCACGAGGUCGGACAUUGGCUUGGACUGUACCACGUCUUCCAGGGCGGAUGCGUUGCGCCGGGUGACUACGUCGAUGAUACCCCGCCCCAGAGCCUUGCGACGAGCGGAUGCCCCGCGGGACAGGACAGCUGCUCCGGCGGAGGGCCCGACUCGAUCCACAACUACAUGGACUACUCGAGCGACGCCUGCCUGACUGAAUUCACCGAGGGCCAGGCGGUGCGCAUGGCAGCACUCAGCGGCGAAUACCGUUCGCUGUAG